AUGUCUCCCAUACAGCUCCCUAUCCUGCACUGGAACGACGUGUACCGCGUCCGACCGCAAAAGCUGCCCGGAUCGAAAGAAACGAUUGACUGCACGCAGUUCGCGGCGUUGUUGGAUGAUAUUAGGGAUCAGUGGGCUGAGCGCCGGGAUGGGAAACGGGAGGGACUGGUGUUGUUCUCGGGCGAUGUGUUCUCGCCCAGUGUUGAGAGCUCGGUGACGAGGGGAAGCCAUAUGGUGCCUGUUAUGAACAAGCUGGCACCAGAUGCAUCUCUACUUGGCAACCAUGACUUUGACUUCGGCUACCCCCAUCUCUGCAAGCUUAUGGCAGACACUCAAUUCCCCUGGCUACUCUCCAACGUGAUCGACAAGACGAAGAACACCGUUCCGGAACACGUAGACGAGUUCCAAGUCCUUGAGCGUCAAGGCGUGCGCAUAGGCAUCAUUGGGUUGAUAGAGAAAGAGUGGAUUGGCACCAUCUCUUCGUGGCCCUCCGAGUUCGAGUACUGCGAUGCAGCACAAGUCGGCAUUGCGCUCUCCAAGAAGUUACGCGACCCUAAUGGGGAGCACAAAUGCGAUCUUGUGAUUGCGCUCACCCAUGCUCGUGUGCCGAAUGACGUAGCCCUGGCUAAAUCCCUCUUCGCCCUAACACCCAAAGCCCAAAAGACCCGCCCCAUCUCCAACGAGCACGGGGUUGAUCUCAUCCUAGGCGGCCACGACCACCUCUACUUCGUCGGGCGCGGCGUAGACGCUUGGGAGAACUAUGAUCUCACGGACAAGCCUCUAGGCGCCGAAAAGGACGAGGGCGAUGUGAUGGUUAUUAAGAGCGGGACUGAUUUUAGGGAUCUGAGCGAGUUCACGAUUGAGCUGGAGGAUGCGCCUGAGGGGAGUGUGAGGCGGAAGGUCAUCUCUCGUAUUUCAGGCAAACAUCACGAGAUCGCCCCACACAUGCGCAAAUGCGACGACCUCCAAAAGACGCUCGACGGCCUCCUCCAAUCCGUCGGCUCAGCCCUCAAAGCGCCCCUCUGCAGACUCGAAGUCCAACUCGACGUCCGUUCCCAGCUCAUCCGCACGCAAGAAAUGGCCUCGUCGAACUGGUUCGCCGACAUCCUGCGCCACACGUACGACGAUGCGCUAGUGAUGAAAGGAGUGAAGAACGGCGCGGACGGCGUGUUCAUAUGCGCGGGGAUGUUGAGGGGCGAUUCGACGUAUGGGCCGGGGUAUUUGACGCUGGGGGAUGUGUUGGAGGUGUUGCCGUUUGAGGAUCCGUUAGUGGUUGUUGAGAUUGAUGGGUGGACGCUUUGGGAGACGUUGGAGGCUUCGUUGUCUACUUGGCCUGCUCAGGAGGGACGAUUCCCGGUCAUCUCGGGCUUCCGCAUAACAUGGGACUCUCGUCGUCCACCCGGCCAACGCGUUCUCGGCGUCUGGAUGCAAGAAGAAGACGCUAGCGGCUCAGAUAGUGGUACCGCUACGCCCGUACGCAUCGAUGGCGCAGCAGUCGAACGUACGAAGGGCGGUAGGAUGUACUAUAUCGUCACGCGGCAGUACAUGGUGGAGGGGCACGACGGAUUCGAGCCGUUGAUUGGCUCGAAGGAGAUCAUUGAUGAUGAGGCGGGUCAGAUCACUUCUACUGUUGUGAGGAAGUACUUGCUCGGAGCGCAAUUCGUGAACAAACUGGCAGCGACAAACGAAUCGCGCGAACACCUCGACGAAGAGACGCACGCCCUGAUCAACCGCGCCCGACACGCCCGCCAACGCGAAUCUCUCCACCGCCACUCCGCGCGCGUCCUCGAGAAAUGGAAGCGCGCCGCAUCGCAAGUCGCUCACCGGUUACGGAGCACGCGGCAUUAUAGGGACCACAUACACAUCACUGGCAAAGAGCAUAUGAGCGAUGUGGACUGUUUUGAUGGGAGUGCGGCGCGGAAGGCAGGUUUGGACGGGGGAGAGGAUGGGGAGAAGAAGGUGCGCGGUGGGGAGGGUAGGGAUAAGAGUGUGGAUGCGGUUAUGAAGAAGAGCUUGUUGGUUGUACAUCCGGUUGUUGAUGGGCGAUUGAAGGACGAGGCGCGGCCGGAGCUGUCGAGGGGUCUGUCGAAGUGA